AAUAUUGUAUAAGAUGACGGGGACACAGUAGCCAACAGACACCUGUAAAUUGUCACACCUGUGUAUAAUGGCGUACCUGGGAUACAGUGACGAGUUUGAACUGGAUGAUGAUGGGAUUCUCCGAGACUCCAUGUCAUCUGGAGGAGGGAUUUUGAUUGAUGAUGAUGGAAUUAUAAGGGACAGUUUUGACACACAAAGUAAAUACACAGCAGGGUCUACAGGAACUCACUGGACGGACUCGGGACUCGAACGAGAUAAACAAAGUGCUGGGAGUAGCUCAACUCUUAGACAUUCUGACCUGCACUCAUUUGCGAGUUUUGAUGAUGUGUCACACCCUCUUGGAGAGAACGCUAACAUCAGUGAUUUAGAAGCCUCUAAAGAUGACCUCAGCUUUGAUCGUGAUUCUAUGGUGGAUGGUGAUGAUAAUGAAUUAGAUAACAGUCGGCCACUGUUAGGGCAUUCUAAGCUUGGUGAGAGAAGCUUGCUCAGUAGCAACAGAAGCAGCUUUGAUCAUUCUCUAGCUUUUGAAACCACUGAUCCAAAAAGUGGUUCUGAGAAGGAUCUAUUUGACCCUGAAUAUUAUAAACAACUUCAAGAAUUAGGAGUAUUAGUGGAUGGUGCAGAGUUUGAGAAUACAAAGAACUCACUGAAUGAGUUUGAGGAGUUAGAGGCGCACGUGUCACGUGAUAAUAUUGAGUUGAGUGAUGAGGGGGGAGAUUCUGAGGAAGACAUUGAGGAAUUCUUGAGGAGGACUCCAACACGUGAGCAACUAUUAGGGGAUUAUAUAGGUCAUCGUCAUGGUGAACGAUAUCAUGAUACCAGCAGAGAUAGCCGUGAUCAUGAUGAUGUAGCAUCUAGAACUCGUCCGAGUACAGCUAACUCAGCUAGAACUAUUGGAAGUGAACCCUUCCCUGAAAUCUCUCCCGAGGAAGCUUUACAGUUGUAUCAGGAUCAGUUAGGAUACCAGGACCAGUUAGACAUUGUAGAUAAUGAUGCAGAAAGCAUAGAAUUCCAGGAAUCACAACAGACACCACAGGAACAUGAUGAUGAUGAAAUCUUCAUCAUAACGAGUCGUAUCUCAGAUCAGCCUAGCCCUGCCAAAAUCAAAGCUUACCAAAAUGAGAGGAACACACCGUCCAUGAGUCCAAGGUCACUGACCCCAAAAUCAAACCACAGCAGUAGACCAACAAGUCGAGUUAGUGACGCGGGUAAUAGCCGGGGAAACACGCCAUACAGGGAAAGACAAGGAUACAGUUAUCAACAUGAAAGAUCAUUUGAUGAUGAUUCUCGUAGGGAAGGUUCUGUGACCCCGGUGUCUGUAAUCAACUCUGACUCAAGGCCGUCUACAAGACAAGGGUCAAGGUCAGGGACACCACUUCAGCGUCCAGAUUCUGCUGCAAGCCAAAGAUCAGCAGCGUCUGAACGAUAUUCUCCUCAUUCCAAAUCAAAACAAAGUUCUUCUAACCAACUUGCCAAGUCACGAUCCCAAGAAAGUUUCUUUGAGAAGGAGAACGAAUCCCCAGCAGCAGGCAGAAAACAGGGAGAGAAAAUGCCAAAACGCUUACUUCCUAAACCCUCAGAGGUCAACACUCCUCUAAAGGUCAAGAGUAAAAGUACAACAAAUAUUUCAUCUGGAAAAUCAAAACCAAUGAAACCCAAGUAUUCGUCCAUGUCAAUGUCACUAGUGAAUAUUGACAUUGGGGAGGGGGAGGAUCAUAGCGAGGGGAUCAGUGCCUCCUCAGAUAAAUCACGGACAGAACUGUCCUCCAAACUCCAUCAGGAAUUUAACAAAAGGAAGCAAGCUACAGAACUGGUCCAGCAGCUUCAGUUGGAUUAUGACAAGCUCUUGUCUAAGUACGCCCAAGCUGAGCUCACCAUCGAUCAGCUAAGGCUAGGAGCUAAUGUGACCCUUCAUACUAACUCUCCCACCCCCAUACCAACCAUCCAAGGGGUUCUUCCCUCCCCCCAGCAGCCACAGUCCAUCCAGAUGGGACAGAUGGGUCGAGGAGUGAAGUCCCCCUCCCCAUUCCAGGGAUCUCUGGGCGUGGCCAGUCCCAUCUCUCUUACAGAGAGCUCUGCUGCUAAUGUAUACACUGACCAGCUGGAUGGCCGUAAAAACUCUCUCCGAGGCCCCUCACCUAUGCUCAGCUCUGGACACUCACAGACAGAUGGGCGAGGGGAUAUGUCCCUGGAUCAUGGUGUGGAAAGUGUCAAGGCUGGACUCAGUCUCCUGACGAGGGGUCUUAAUGAAAGGAUGGAGUCCUUUCAGGGCCUCCUAGAGGCAGGGGAGGGAAUGAGACACGAGGACCAAGAAAAAAUCUUUGAUCAAAUUCGUAACGACCACGAGAAGCUUAGGAAGAACUAUUUACAAACAAAGGAGGAGUACAAUACGCGGAAAAGAACCAGUGGCACUGGGGACGUUAAUUUUGAUGAGGAUAAAGAAUUAGAAGGGGAGUUAUUCAGGCUAGGGAUGAAAUUUGAUGGCAUUCAUGAGAAAAUGGAGGAGAAUCGCAAGAAACAAUCUCAAAAACAGCCAUUCCAGUCUAAUCGACGACAGUCAGACAGUGACGUUCUAACGUCAGGCAUGAGUGAUCAGGAGAUGCGGUCUGUCGAUCACAUGAAGCGGAAAAUAAAGCAAGUGAAGGCAGGAAAUGACUUGGUACAGCCAAAGCCUAACAAGGAGUUUGAGAAGAAUCUGGAAAAGUUACAUGUGGAGUAUAAUGCAUUGAUGGAUCGGUACAGACGACUGAAACAGAUGGCACAGACUCCAGAGAGGGAUCAAGAGAUUGAUAACCUUGUCAGGAAGUUACAUGAAAUUUGUCAGCAAGAGCCAGAGGUGUUCAAAAUGCCUCAAGAACUUGAAGACAGCAGUGCCAAUUCUGUUUUGUCUAAUGAGACAAGCUUAUGGGAGGACGAAGAUGGAUCAGACAGGUGGCAGCACUUGGAGCAGGGAGAUAACGACUCUGUAUUCAGUAGCAGACGACAGUCACCCAAUCCUCAGAAUAGCAGACGACCGAGCAAGGAAGACUCGGGACACGGGUCAUAUGCCAGGACGGAGGACAAACAGUUUACUAGGGAUCCAAAUUCAUCUGACCAUACAGCAGGAAGUUCAAGGUCACUGCACACGUCUGACCUUGACCCACAUUCAGAGUCUCUGCGUCAGAUGCGCGAGUCUAGUAUGUCAGGAAGCCGCAGCAGUUUGUCCUCCAGGGGAAGGUCUCCGAGGGACUCAACAUUUGAUAGGGAUUCCCCCACCCCACGUCUGCCUCGGCCACGACGACAUGACCACAGGGAGCCUCGGUCUGGGAACCUAAAGAAGAGACCAGAGAGUGGGAGUUAUAGUAGUCUACAGGACAGUGGAAUAUCAGACCAGGAGGGGUCACGCACCAGGGAGAGGGGGGCCACAGGGGGAGGACCACUGUCCAAUCUCCCAGGCCCAGGGACAUUCAAACAGAUGACUAAACAACGCCAUGCAGGAGAUGCUGACAGUGGAUUCAUAGGGUCAAUGGUGGGGUCAGAGGUCAGUGGCCAGCAGUCGGCACGGCAACAGCAGCAGCAGCAAACGUUAAGACUGCGUCACUCAGACAGUGGCAGCGAAAGACCCAGAUCCCGCUCCUCUCGAUCCUCCCGUGCUGAUGACUCGUUAUCUGUGGCAAGCUCUAGGACGGGGCAUAAACAAGAAAGACCACCAUCUCGUGAGUCAGCUCGAUCUGGUCGUAAAAGUAACAACCAGUCUCGAGACUACACAGAUGACAGUUACACCCUCACUGAGAGCGAGAUGAGCUUUGACAUUCCAGAGACUCGUCCCAGGAGAUCGAGUCGAGAUGUUAGAAGUGGAAGACGGAGUGUGGAUCUCCCAAUCAAGGAGGAGGAGGAAGAAAGACCAAAAUCAACACAAAGUCAGGGGUCCAAAAGAGGUCAAAGGAUCCAGGAAACACCAGUAAAAACUCCCAAAAAGCCCGCUAAAACAAAUGUGUCUUUCUCAGAAUUUUCUGAUGAGGAACUCACUCCUCGAGCUAAUAGGAGUUAUAAUGAUAGCCGUGAAAUCCUAUCCUCAGAGGAAGUCACCCCUAGGGAGCAGCCGAUCCAACCAGAGGAGAGAAUGGAGGCCCAACGGACCACCGUCACCCGCAGCAAGGAGAAAGACCGUCCCUUAACACCUGGUGCCAAGAAGGAACCCCCAAGACCUCCAACCCCCAAAAUACCCACCCCAAGAUCAGACAGAUCAGGGACUUCCAUUAGGAGGAAUCAGGUGCCCGCAUUAGAUAUUCCACAGCCGAGGUCUCGGGAGGAGGUUCGCCGACCCCUGGUGGAAGAUCGAGGGGCGGGGUCUGACAGUGACGAUACUGCCAGGGUCUCAGUGGCCACAGCUGCAACCAAAGGGUCUGACAGCAGUGAAAAAUUUAAGCUGCUGCAGGCAGAGAUUGGAAGACUGAGGGAGGAAUUCCAGAAAGCUGCCAGAAAUCACAGUCAUCCUCCACCCCAGGAACCACCACCCCCUCAGCCUGCCCCCACCAGGGAGGAGGAACGGGACAGGUACUUUGACCCUACAGAAGAUCCCUAUGCCUUCAUGAUGGGACCUCGACGAAGAGCAAACUCCUUCUCAGGGGCAGGGGCUCGUGAUUGGAAUGAUUGGUGGAAAUAUCCACCCAAUCAGCAACAGGAUGAUAUUCCACUCGGAUAUGCUGCUGCAGAUUCAUUUAAUCCAAACCGACAAGUGCAAGUGCAGGUGUUACCUGAACCUCCACGGUCAAGUGAGAAGAAACGAAUGAAACGUAAAUACAGAAACCGAGCCACAGGAACUGAGUUUCAGGAGGAAUACGAUUCAGAUCAGUCACCGUCUCGAGUGACAGCUUCUACAGCAAAUGAUGAACAAUUAUAUAGUUACUACAUACCUCGUUAUCAAGCAGCAAGAACACAAACACAUCAGCAACCAGUCAGAAUUCAGCGAUACGCCUCCCAACCAAACUUAUUGCAGAAUGUCUCAUUCCAGGCUGCUCCCCGACUCCAACAGCCCCCUCCCCAACAUCCUCCCCCACCCCCACCCCAAUAUCCUAACGUGCCAACUGCAUCCUAUGCUGCUCCAAUAUCAGCAGGAUACACCAGAUUACGAUCUUCCCCCAGAAGAAGACCAACACAGCCAGUGUACCAGGCCCCGCAUUACUCCUACAAUGACUUGGACAUGCAGGGCCAACAACCAAUCGGAUACCUUGUUACAUCUCAGCCACCUCCCCCACAACCUGUGGCACCCCCUGUGUUUUUGGAGCAGACCUCCACUUGUCCUAUGUGUGGUGGUUCUGGUGUUCAUUCUCAUGGAGAAUAUGUGUAUGAGGCACCACCUAAUGACCAGCCCGUGGCAUUUGUGAUGCAGACUCCACCAAGGGGCAGAGCAAGAAGGAGAUCAAAGUCUGCCUCACGUGUACGGCAUUAUUCCCCUGACGGCAGAAAUAGGUCGCGAUACCUCGUCCGGGAGUACCUCAGUGAUGAAAGCUCCAGCGCUGAAUCAGAGGACGACAUUGUAUACAGAAGGAGGAGUAGAAGUGCAGGGCGAAGAUCCCGAUUACGGACAAGACAAAUAAGAAAAUACAAAAAGUCUCGUGAAUUUGAAAAUGACCUGGAAAUAUCCUUGAACCUUACUGAAGAAAUUGAUGAGCUGACCCAGAAACUGGUUGGUACUGUCAAGAGUGAGCUGGCACUGUCUCGCCGGAAAGACUUUGGCUCCUCUUACUGGUGAACAAAGAGAAAAACUGACAAGACUCUUGAUAUGAGCUGGAAAUAGUUCUGAUUGGUCAGAAAGAAUUGUACAAAAGUUAUAUAUAAAUGAUGAUACCCUUAACAUUCUGUAAGGAUGUGCCCGAGCAAUAUGUGAGAGUGUGUGUACUUGAUUUUUCAAAUCUUUUUCAAGGAAAGUCAUUUACAUCAGCAGAAUUGGAGGCUCCUUCAAUCAGCGUUAAAUUAAGACUAUCUUGCCAAAUGAGUUUUUGAGGAAAACAGCUAGGUUCCUUCUGAUUUAAGAUCAUGAUGUGGAUGAUUAUUGACCUGCUGAUAAAAAAGGGGAUGUGAUGCUGAUGUACUUAAUAGCUGAUGGAGACUACUGUAUUUAUACACAGUUUAUAUACGUACCGAAAUCAAAUUUGGAUGUGAUAUUAUACAAAUUAUUGUUUAUACAUACUAUGACAGAUGUUUUAUUUAUUUUGUAAUAUUUAUAUUUCCCUUGAGAUCAUGGUGAAGCUUUAGAAUGACCUUAAACUUCCUGUGGAGGUUAUUGUACUAAUUUAUUUCUGUGUACUUAAAACAAGUACUUAAUAGUUAUCCACAAUUUACGAACAAAAAAAACCAAAUCUUUUAAACAUAUAUUUUGAUAAUUUACGUUUUUUUUUAAUGGAUUGAUGUUAUUAUUGACACGAUCAUUCUGUCCACAGUUUCAU